AUGGCGCUUGAACUCGUCGAAACUCUAGAUUCCCUCUGGAGUUGUGACACGCUCGACAAGGCGACCUCGUUCCUGCACUCUCGGCCACAGCCGUUUUGUCUCCCCAAUUAUGUGAGGGGUGAACUAAGCGUGCCGCAUUCGCCUUCGACCCAAUUUUUCGACUCUUUUGAGCCAAAAACUGGUUCUAUUCUCUGCAGAGUUCCAUGCACACAGCCCGAUGAGGUUGAUGGAGCAAUUCGACAUGCCAGGGCUGCCUUUCCGACCUGGAGCCGGACCUCCCGUGCGGAAAGAUCUCGCUAUCUCCGCCGUGUGAGCGAGUUGAUGCAAGAGCACCGUGAGGUGUUUGCAGUCUGGGAGAGCAUUGAUCAAGGAAAGACACUUCAAAGGGCAAGAGUCGAGGUGGAUCGGGCAAUCUCAAACUUCGCCUAUUUCUCGACAUACAUCCUCCACGAGCAGACAGCGGCGCGUAUGAUUGACGGAGUCGCCCUCACCUACGAGCACCGCUCCCCAGCCGGCGUGAUGGCCCUCAUCUCGCCGUGGAACAUGCCAUUGUAUCUUCUGACCUGGAAAAUUGCUCCAUGUGUUGCCUUUGGGUGCACAGCAAUUUCCAAGCCCAGUGAGAUUACCAGCAUGUCUGCUGUUCUCUUGAGCAUCCUCCUCCGCAAGGCGGAGCUCCCCCCGGGAGUUGUGAACAUCAUCUUAGGGGACGGUCCGACGACUGGCGCCGCUCUGGUUGCAUCACCACUGAUUGACGGUGUCUCGUUCACAGGGGGAACACAGACUGGCAUCGAUAUCCGCCGUGCAACCGCUCAUCAAAUUAGGAAACACUUGUCACUCGAAUUAGGCGGCAAGAAUCCUACCCUGGUAUUCGCAGACUCGAUGGCCUCUUCCGCCCGAGAAAAAACCGUCCAGGUUGCCGCGACUGCGGCUUUUGAAAACCAGGGCGAGAUCUGCCUCUGUGGUUCUCGCAUCUAUGUCGAGUCUGCCGUAUACGCCAAGUUUGUUGACGAGUUCGAAAAGUAUGUGGCCGAAAAGUACAUUCUCGGGCAGACUGUCAGCGCGGUGGCCAGCCUUCAGCACUACAAUAAAAUCAGGCGCUACUUACAGCUCGCAGUUGAGGAGAAGGCUACGUUCCGUUUAGGAGGGGUUCCUCCUCCUUUGGACAAAGAGAGCAACCAAGGCUACUGGAUUGUGCCUACCAUUCUCACCGACGUGGCUCCGGAAUCUGCCUUGCAAAAGGACGAGAUAUUUGGCCCCGUUGUGACCAUUGCUCCAUUCGAGGACGAGACGGAAGCGGUGCGACUUGCUAAUGACAGUGAGUACGGGCUCGCCGCUGUGAUACUUACCACCGAUGGGGCGCGAAUGAGGCGCGUCGGAGAACAGAUUGAAGCAGGGAUGGUGUGGGUUAACUGCUGGCUCGUCCGAGAACUGGGAACGCCCUUUGGCGGGAUGAAGAGCAGCGGUAUUGGCAGAGAAGGAGGCCAGUACUCCCGAGAUAUAUUUACAGUAGUCCGCACAUUGCAUCUGCCGGCCUAG